AUGAAGACAAUCGGUAUUAUCGGUGGCCUCUCAUGGCCAAGCACAAUCACCUACUAUCAAGUCAUCAAUGAAUUAGUUACUGGCCGUCUAGGCGGUCUCCGGGGCCCCAAAAUAAUCGUCAUCCAGGCUGAUCUACAUCAAAUCACAGAAUGGAGACUAUCGGGCCAAGUCGACAAGAUCCGCCAACAAUUCCACAAGUACAUCACAUCGCUGCAGUCGGCUGGUGCCGACUUCUACCUUGUCGCCUGCAAUACCUACCAGUUCGCUGCCGAGAAACUCCCCGUCGACAUACCCAUGCUGCACAUGGCUGAUUCGCUUGGUCGGAGGAUCAACAAGGAGGGAUAUAAACGGAUCGGGUUUCUCGGCUCCUCUACCACUUUGACUGGACAAUUUAUCAUUGGACCGCUGAGGUCGAAAUAUGGCUUGGAUGUCCUCAUCCCCGAUGCACACCAACGUGUGGGUCUCGAGCGCGUCAUCAUGGACGAGUUAACGAAGAACAUUAUACUGCCAGAAUCGCGGGAGAUGUUCCGACAAGUAAUCUAUUCUCUCGUCGAUCAAGGCGCCGAGUUGAUUAUUCUCGGCUGUACUGAGAUAGGGCUACUUGUGCGGGAGGAGGAUAGCCCUGUCCCAGUCAUGGACACGAGUUUGGUGCAUGCGGAAGAUGCAGUCGACAAGGCGAUGACUUUGUGUCGCGAAUUAUGA